UGCUGUCAAUCCAGAAAUUGUCAAUAAAGUUUUAACAUGUAAAAGGUGCGCAUGCGCACACUGUGACUUCUGACUCGAAGUCCGGCAUCUGAAGCGCAGCUCUACGUAGGCAAGGCUGCAGUUCGAGGGGCGACUCGUGCGCUGAAACGUGCACGAAAAUACGCGUUUUCCCGCGAAUUUCUCUGUUUCCCUGUCAAGGUUGGGCUUCUGGUUAUUAGUUACAUCAUAAAUACUCGCAAGGAAGGAAGGAGAAGGUUUUGGACUUAGACUGACUGCGCAGUGAGUCGAGCGACGAGACGUCGGAGAUCAUCAUGACAUGAUGAGGAACGAAUGGACAUGGAUGGAGCUCCUGUACGGUGUGCACUGAGGAGGUUCACCGUGACAUGCAUGAUGGGAAGCAAUGCACUGUGGAGUGGGCAGCGAUAAUGGUGCGCUGGUGAGACCUGCCAAACCGGUGUGUGUCCUUGCAGCCGCUCUGACUCGUCUACAGGAGACAUUGCAGUAUGGGAAGGAUGAGUUUCUCCUGCCUGGUCCCAGCCUCCUGGCACUUCAGCCUGUCUCCGGUGGGUUUCCCCCGCCUCCUGUUCCCCUCCCUCCGACAGCUGCUGUUCCUGGGCCUGCUGGCUGGGCUGGUCGCCUUGCUCUACCUGCUCCUGGUGAUGGGCAAGGGCCAAUACAGCUGGAUACGAGAAGAUAAGCACUUCCACAGGCAUUCAGUACGAGUGACUGACAUGGACGCCACUGACACCAGCAACCCCAAUCUAAACUAUGGCCUGGUUGUUGACUGUGGAAGCAGUGGUUCUCGGGUCUUUGUGUACUGCUGGCCCCGGCAUAAUGGCAACCCCCACGACCUUCUGGACAUCCGCCAGAUGAGGGACCAGCACAGAAAGCCCGUGGUUAUGAAGAUAAAGCCUGGUAUCUCAGAACUUUCAGCAACCCCUGAAAAAGCCAGUGACUAUAUCUAUCCUCUUCUGAGUUUUGCUGCCCAGCACAUCCCCAAGAACAAGCACCAAGAGACUCCUCUGUACAUCCUCUGCACUGCUGGCAUGAGGGUGUUGCCUGAGAGCCAACAGGAAGCUCUGCUGGAGGACCUGCGCACAGACAUACCUGUACACUUCAACUUCUUGUUUUCAGACUCCCAUGUGGAAGUUAUUUCUGGCAAGCAGGAGGGGGUCUAUGCUUGGAUUGGGAUAAACUUUGUGCUUGGAAGAUUUGACCAUAAUGAUGAUGAGAGAGGGGCUGUGGUUGAGGUACAAGUACCUGGAAGUGACCAGCAGGAGGUGCUGGUGAGGAAGCGGACAGCUGGUGUUCUGGACAUGGGGGGCGUGUCCACACAGAUAGCGUACGAAGUGCCCAAAACUGUAAGCUUUGCUUCUCCACAGCAGGAGGAAGUAGCCAAGAACCUUCUGGCGGAGUUCAACCUGGGCUGCGAUGCCCAUCGUACUGAACACGUGUACCGCGUCUAUGUCUCUACCUUCCUCGGCUUUGGCGGUAAUGCUGCCCGACAGAGGUAUGAAGAGAGCGUUGUCAGCAAGACUCUACUUCAGAACAAGCUCCUUGAUCAGCAUGUGGGCGAGUCCGAAGACACACCCCUCCUAGACCCUUGUCUGCCCCGGGGUCUGAAGGACGAGGUGGGCCCAGUUGGGCAGCGUCUGCACCUGCGAGGCACGGGUCACUUUGACGGCUGCCGAGUGCUGCUCCAGCCCUUCCUCAACCGCACCAAUGAAACGCACUCCUCCCUCAGCGGCGUCUACCAGCCGCCCAUUGACUACCGCAAUAGCCAGUUCUAUGGCUUCUCGGAGUUCUACUACUGUACAGAGGACGUGCUGCGCAUGGGCGGCCGCUACAAUGCCACCAAGUACGCCAGGGCCGCUCGGAGUUACUGCGCCACCCAGUGGGAUACCCUGAAAGAGCGCUUUGACAGGGGCCUGUAUGCCUCCCAUGCCGAUAUGCACAGGCUCAAGUACCAGUGCUUCAAAUCGGCCUGGAUGUAUGAGGUGUUGCAUUCGGGCUUCUCCUUCCCCGUGGAUUAUGAAAACCUCCAGACGGCCUUGCUGGUCUACGACAAAGAGGUGCAGUGGACGCUCGGUGCCAUCCUCUACAGGACACGCUUCCUGCCAUUGAGGGAUAUUCAGCAGGAGAGCCUGAAGGGGGUGCAUUCCCACUGGCGCCACAGUUUCUCCUUUGUCAACAACCACUACCUGUUCUUGGCCUGCUUCCUGGUGGUGCUGCUGUCCAUUUUGCUUUACCUGCUGCGGUUGCGACGCAUCCACCGCCGCAUGACCCAGCGCAGCGGUGCCUCCACCUCUACCUCCACGUCCUCAGCACAGUGGCUAGAGGAGGGCAUGAUCUCCCCCAGUGUACCUGUCACUCUGUAGGGUCAGCCCUCCCACCCCUGACAGCCCUUUCAUUGUCUCGGUCUCCAGGUCAAGGCCUUUCUGUAAAGGGUUGUAAGGCUGAACCUUGAUUACCCCCGAGGCAUCGUGGGAUGGGAUUCUUAGGCUCAGUACUGUGUCUUGUUUUGGCAGGGGAGAAGCUUUACUUAGAGCGCUCUUUCAGAUCGGACUGCUUCAGUUCUGUGUCCGCAACCUCCAAACAGUGUGACAUAGGUUUUUAAAUAUGUUUAAUUUAUUGUUCCUUAAAGAUCGGAAGGUCUGUUUCAGGAGGCAUUGGGAGCAUCUGUAGCACUGUGGUGCUUAUUUGGUUCCUGUCUGCAGAGGGAAACUUCAUUAAGGAGAUGGGUCACCCACCGCACCUCUUUGAAUGGGUCAUGUGUAAUGUGGCAGCUUUAAUGGACAGCUUCAUUCUUUGUGGGUCUCAUCGGAAAAAUAUAGAAGUUAUCAAGUUUUCUUAGGCCUUGAUUGUUGGAAAAUAUGCUGCUAAAUGGGUUUUUGUUUUGUUUUGUUUUGUUUUUCUGACCAGGGCCGUUUUCUCCCCCCACCCCAAGAGUGGAGUUCAGUCCACGUAUGGCCGUCAAGCGCAUUUGCACAGAACGCUGCCUUACGAUAAGUGGCAACUAAACAUGCCCCAUAGAAGCAUUACAGCGUAGGUGCAAUGCGAGUUCUUGCUUUAGGAGUGUGCACGUAAAAUCCCUGUCUUGUCCUCGUGUCCUUUCGGGACGGAACUGUAAAUUACUGUUGACACGGCCUGGUUUGUCUACAGUGAACCCAGUGCUGUGCGAUGGGAGAUGAAAUGGGACAAAAUGGGAUGAAGUUCAGAGGCGGCCCAGGAAUGUCCUGGAGUGUACACUAGAAGUGAAUGUACAGUAAUGUCCUCUCAAAUAGUGAGAGCACUUUUAGACUACGUUUUAAUGCCUGUCUGCCUGUUUUCUUUUAGGUGAAGGGGGAUCUUUUUUUCUGAUAAUGGGGAAACUGCAUUCAGCUAUAUUUGGGCUGUUGAUUUAAAAACUUCAGUUGAAGCAAUGAAAGACUUUUUUUUUUCUCUCUCCCCCCUUUUUUUUCUUCUAUGUGUGUUUUGGAAGAAGCCAAUAACCUUGACACUAUUGUUGUUGUGCCCCCAGUGUAACUGGGUUAAAAGUGCGAGAAAACAGUAGUGAACAAUCUGCUUCCUUUGUAUGUCAGACUUUGCCUUGCAUCCACAUUGGAAGUGGCUGUACUUACGUUUUUUAUGUAUAGUUAAGGUAGCAUUAAUCGGAACAAAAACGGUGCAAUAAGUUUCUACCCUGUCUCAUCACUGCGGAGGAGCUUCCCACCCAUCGUCUCCACUAGAGCAGAGUGAUGGGCUGAGGAUCAGAGUGAAGGUCAGACGGCCACGUUGGCCUAACCAGCGGCUCCGGGUCACAGCACACCGGGCCGAGGGUGUUGGGGAGUACUGCCAUCAGUCUCCCCCAGCUUUGUUUUUAGAGUGUGUCACAUGACUACUAGCGCGCAGUUUGUGGAACAGAUGCCAUAUCUAUUUGUACAUAAUGAUAUUGUGAUAGUUUUUUAUUUUAUUGAUGCCGGUUUCGCAUUGUCUACAGACGCCAUUUAAUUUGCACGGAGAGAACAUGUCAGUAUGGGUAGUCUCAACAAUCUUGUGGCUGUAAAAUGUCAUUAAACUUAAUAGAAUCCUGUGUUGAUCAGUCAUGUUUCUUUUCUGCCAUGAGUCCGACAGCAUUCGUUUGAGUUGGUACCGUUUUUUUAGUAUUGGACUAAAAGUAAGCUGCAGACCUACUUCAGGAAUAUCUGACAGUUGAAUGCAGGUUUUUUUUUUUUUUUUUUUUUAUUAAAUGAAUGGUAAUUACGUUAAUCCAUGCAGUGCCUUACUCUAUCUUAUUUACAUGCUCUUUUUGUAGUUGGUGAGGUAAUGAUCUUUAAUUUUUGUGGGGACAGUGAGUUGUUGUGUGUGUUUUUUUUUUUUUUAUUUUUUUUUAAAGCUAGCUGUAAUAAGGGGACUUUAAAAGCUCAAAAGAUUUUUCUUUUUUGCUAUUAUAAUUUUGUGUAUAUGAUUUGUGUAAUGUGGUGUUCUGCAUCACAUUUGUUUUCUAAAUGUUUCUAUUUAUUCUUGUUUUCUGGAACCCCUAUGCAGAAAUGGAAGGCUGUAUGGUAAUGAAUGAAAAGUGUAGCUGCAUUUAAACCAAAAUGUGCUGAUCUGAAGUAGGUCUGCAAGUUGUAAUCAGGAGGAGGGUCAGGAAUCCUGUGUUUUUGCUCUCAGGUGGGGGUUCCUAUGUGUUUUCACUGCUGUACUCUGUUACAAAGCAAACAAGCAGCUUUGCCAUGUUGUCAUGACCAGUAGCUAGCUGCCCAUCACUUGACUCUAGUUACUGAACCAUAAAGUGUCAUUGAAUGAUUAAUAGCCCCAUAAUUUUCUAGGUUUUU